AUGACCCAGGAGCUCGUCCAAGAGCCACCAGGAGAGCUUGCCGUCCACAGACCCAAGGCCUCUCCCGGGGUGGGGAAGCCCCCAUCCUCCGUGCCCUCUGCUGCUGGCUCUCAUGGGGGUCCAGCUGAGAAGAUGGAGGGUCCGCUCUCCGACGUCCGGCAGAAGUCGCUGCGUUUCCUGGAGUCCCUGAGGCCGGACCGGCGGGAGCAGGGACAGGCGUUGACCCUCCUUCGGCGGCAGGCGGACCUGGAGGUCUGGGAGAUGCAGAAGGCCCUGGGGGAGCUGCUUUCCAGACCCAGGCUGGAGCGGCUGCGGGAGGAGCACUCAACCCAGGCCAGGCCAGGGGCGGCCUUGGAGCUGGAGCGGCCGCAGGUGCGUGUGGAUCCGGAGCCGAGGACCUUUCAGAGCGCCGCGGCAGCCAGGCCCAGCUCAUACCCACUCCCGGGCCGAGACACGGCCACGCCCUGCCCUGGUCCCCAGGAUGGAAAGAAGAGCUGGGCGGACGCGUCAGCUCACGCAGAGCCCGUGCAGGAAGGGAGACCAGCCCAGCCCCGCUCCCAGCUGCCCCCAGCCAGGCUCUGCCCCUGGGAGGAACCCAGGUUCCAGAUGCUGGAGCAGAGCUUGCGGGAAGAGGACCUGCGCGCGCGGCACGAGGCCGCGCUGCUGCGCCUGCGCCAGAAAGCGCUGGAGGAGAAGACACGCGCCGAGCUGGCCUGGCUGGAGCAUCAGCGAGGGUAUCUGAGCAGCAUCGGCAGCGACACAGCGCUGGUAGCCUUGGCGGAGAAGCAGCGGCAGGCCCUCAGCCACCUGGAGCGCGAGCUGAGGGGCAUCCGGCACCUGUGGACCCUUCACCUGUCCUCCCACCGAGAGAGGAAGCUGCUCCUGCAGCAGCAGAAGGACAUCGUCUCCGUGCAGAGGUCCGCGGCCCUCCUGCAGCAAGAGCUUCAGGACCGGACCCGCCUGCCUCAGAGUUCCAGCCCUGAAGUCAAGGCCAGGCAGGAGGAGGGCCCCGGGACAAGCCCCCAGCAGCCGGAGGGGCCAGCCCAGGGCUCCUCCCAUGCCUGGCACACGCCUGGCAGCCCCCUCGGCCAGCACCCGCAGAGGAGCGAGAGCCCGCCAGUCCCGCAGUGA